AUGGCGGCAAGUGCGAGCGACCAGUCUGCCGCCGCGGUUUGCGAUGCGGACGGCGUCUGCUGCAUCGUGCCGCAGGCAACAGAUUUGGAGCAGCCGUCGAAGCCAGCGGGAGCUGUCUUGCCGUUGCUUUUCGGCGACGAUUAUUCGACGACGAUCCUCAAGGACGACGCUGGGGUCCAGCAAAGCGCCGGAGCGCUCGGUGGCAAGAUCGUUGGCCUGUACUUCUCCGCAAGCUGGUGCCCCCCAUGCCGCAAGUUCUCGCCGGAGCUUUCCAAGCUUCGCGCGGCGCACAGCGCCGAUUUUGCCGUGGUCUUUGUCAGCUGCGACCGAAGCGAGGCCGAGAUGAAGAGCUUUAUCGCACGUGCGCCAACGACGCCUGUGGCGGCUCUUGCAUAUCCCGGGAGCGGCUGUGACGAGAAAUCCGAAAGGCUGCGUGAAGUCUUGGAAGGCAGGCGGGAAUGGCUGCUCCUGGGUGCAGCUUUUGACGGGUGGUGGCUGCUCCGUGCAGUAGGCGGAGACAGCACCAAAAACUGGGAUCAUCGGAGGAUUUCACUGAGCAUCGGAUUUCACUGA